AUGGACAACCUCAAUAAUAGCAACACUCUGCGGAACUAUAAGAAAAGCGUGCAAGACUUAAAAAAAGUAAAAACUUCAGCAUUUAAUUUAUACCGACAAACAGGAAGUGCAAACUACCAAAAAGUGAGCCCUGCUAAUGGGGUAAACAAAAAGGAUGCAAAGUAUACAAUCUCACACGAUGAAAGUGAAAUUUUUUCAAAUAGUAAUAACUCUGAUUCGAAUUUAUUUUCUCAUAAUAGGCCCUUCUUAUGCGAUUCGAGAACGUACUACAGUAAGCACAGCAGCCACACGAACUACAGCAUCCAUGACAACCACUUCACACGAGUAGCACAUAUGGAAAAGCACAAAAUAAGCAAAGACAAACACGAGGGCAAUAUUUUCAGCGUAAAUAAAUCUCACCUAAAUGUGAAGAACAAAUUUGUAAGGAAUAACAGUGCAGUGAAGUAUGGAAUAAAUCUAAACAAAUCUCUCGACAAAAUUAGCAAAAUAAGAAUUAUGCAAAAGUUUAAAAGAAGCAUUCAAAGCCGCACGAUACAAAAGGAUGAACACAGAAUGGGCACCUUUGAACACGUUAACCUUUUCGACAAGCAUACUGCACGAGACAAUACUAAAGCCAGAAUUCAUAGUAACAACAACAUGAAUUUUAAAGAUUCUAAUCACAAUAGAUUAGACAGCGCAAGCACAUGCGAUAGGGAAGUACGAACAAAUAACAAAAACGUUAACCACUAUAAAAGAGACUCCUUCCAUGAUAACCCCAAAAAUUCAAUUAAAAAAUAUCUAAAUGAUGUAGCGAAACAAAAUAGAAAAGACAUUAAUUCGAAUUUUCCCCCAAGUAAUCAAAUUAAAGCCAAAGCAACUGUCAUUCCCAGUAGUAUUAUUACUCUGAGCACAAAACACAAGGCCAUAUUUAACAGUAAAACAAAAUUUCCAAAUUACUUCCACCGUAUGAAUCAUUCUGAAAAAUUAAAAAAUGUAAACACUCCUCAUUUGAAUAACAACUCCGAUUGUGACAAUGGUAACUAUUCCAACAUUAAAAUGGGAAACAACCUCCCUGACGGUAACGCUUCCCAAAAAAGUAACUUCCUCCAAAAAGGCGAUCUCACCUUUGGCGUGAAUAAACGUAUGCAACAGGUUGACAUUUCACAUUAUUUAAGUAACCAUAUACAAGGCGAAAGAAGCGUGAAACAAAAACAGAACAUAGGUGAGGAUUCAAAAAGGAAGGAUGAGCUAAUUCCUAAUAAAGGUUCCAACUGGAACGAUACAGUUAUCCAAUUCAUGAAUGAGUAUAUGGAGAAAAAGCAGUAUUGUCAAAAUUUACAAAAAUUUAAUGACGGGCUGAAGAAUAAUCCUGCCGGAAAGACAGACCCACUCAUUAGCAAUUUCAAGUUGAGACACCCAUUUGAUAUGAGAAGAAACAGCAAUGUGGUUAAAAAUAAUAAAUCCACACACAAUAAUUAUUUUAAAAAAACUGUAGACGACAGAAACAAGAAAUCAGACCUGUACGAAAAUUACGUAGACUUUGAAAAGGAAUUCAGAGAUAAAACGAAUGAACAAACUGCAGUUUUAUUUGCUCAAAAUAAUUAUGAUGAGAAACUUCAUCCACAUUAUACUUUUAUCAAAAAUAAUAUCAGUGCAAAGCGCACACUUAGCAACGUGGAUGAAAAAAAAGGUGUUGUGAAAAGUGAACCACUAGAAAAAGGUGGCAACGCUUGCAAGAAACAAGAACUUAAAGAAGUCAGUACACACAUAAUUAAUAUCCCCAUAAAUUUUAAAUUAAAAAAAAAAAAAAUUAUAAAUUAUAAAAAUAUUAUUCAAGAUACAUCUAGUAAGAAAGAGCAUAAUUACACAAACGCAUUGUUAACUGACCGUUAUAGAAAUUUCUUGAAUAUGGAAAAAGAACAAAAGCAACAGCAGCAACAACCACAACAGAAACAACAAAAUUCGAAUUUUAACGAUAAGGUAGAAAUUUUGAAUAAAGGCGAAUUUCUCAGUUCCUUUUUAAAAAAGGAUUUUCACGAUGAACAAUGUAUGCAUGUUGAAAAAUUAUUUAAUUCAGAUGUGGACGACACGGUGAGCAACCAAGGGCGGGAACAGGCUAAACAGGAAGGGGAGGAUAAGACGCACGGAAAAAGGGAUCAUGCUGAUCAUGAUGCAGAUAGUAAAAGCGCACAACUUAGCCAAGAUAUAUCUUACAUGGGGAAGGAAGGAGAAGAUAAUUGCACAUCCGAUUUGAGUACCCACAUAGGAGCUUGCGGCCAAGGGAUUCAUGUGCAAGAACAACUGCACGAACAACAGUGUGAACAAAUGGCAGGAUUAAAAGAGAAAAAUGGGGAUCGUGAAAAUAAAGCAGAAGAAUUAUCCCCAACAGCAACAGAAUUAACCCAAUAUUUUAGCAAAAAUGGAAAUAACAGCGAAAAUGACAAAAGGGGGAAUAUAGAAAAGGCUGAAUUUUCCGCUAGAAAUAUUCUGCAAACACAUUGUUUGGAUGAACAAAAUGGCCCUCGCGAGACAGAACAAGUGGCCGUUAAUCCAGCCGUUUUUGAGAAGGAAAAGAAGGAAGAAGAACUGGACGUACCUAUUAAUUGGGAAAAUUUUAACGACAUAUCUAGCAGCAACGUAGAUAAUGGGACCUCUUUGAAAAGUUCUGCAAGAAGGGACGAUCAGGAAUUACACUCACUAGGUAUAUCAGGCAGCAUGCAGAAUGAUGACACGUCUGAAUGUACAAUAAGCAAAUUUUUGAAAGAGGAAAAUAUGGAAGAAGAAGAUUCAUACGAAUAUGAACUGGGGGCAAGCGAACAAGAUGUCGAAAGGGACGUUGAAAGAGGAUACUAUUCUGCACAAAGCUAUCACACCAAUGGGGGGAACAAAUAUGCUGGCAUUGAAAGCGGUACCAUUGAUGAGGACAGAAAAAGGCGAAAUGUAGAUCUACAAGAGGAGGGACAAAUCACCACAAAGAACGAAGAAAAAGAGGAAAAAGAAGAAAAGAAAGAUGAAAGCGUGCAAAGGGAAUGCUUCAAAGACGUCUCUGAAGAUAAAGAUAUAACACCAGAACAUGAAGAAGCAAACAGCGAAAUGAGCAAAAAGGACCAAAAAAGGACCAUUAACGAUGCUAUUACGAAGGUUAAGACUGACAAAUCGAACUCCUUAACUAGCCACGGCGAUGUGGAACAUUUCAAUGACCCCACAGAGGAUGACCCCAAAGAAGAAGUAAGUUCUACCAAUUUUAAGCAGCAAAAUGGCAGAAACAGAAGUGCCUUUUUAAAUGGAAAAAUUGAAGCAGAGGAGGAAGAAUUAACGCUGGAAAGCAUUUCCGCCCUAUUCGAAACACAUUCUACAGGGGCAAAUGAAAAAAAGGAAAAUAAGGAACCAACACAAAAUGGUUACACCAUGCAGGAUGAAGAAAAACCAAAGAGUUACGAAACUGAGCAGGAGAAAUCUGCGAAUAGGAAUGAAAACAGAGAAGACGAUGUUUUGAUGUAUAAACAGGAAACCCAAAUGGAAUCAAAGCAUGAUGGCGAGGAACCAAAAGGAAUCAAAAUGGAAAAAGAAAAUAUGCACAUUGGGGACAACACCGAAGAGUGUAAACAGAAGAAGGAUUCAGAUGAAAGCGAAAAAGGUGAACAGGUUCAAAGAGGACAUAAUGCAUGCAUAAGUGAAACUUUGAAUGAAGCGAUUCUUUAUGCAAAUGAGACAAAUGGAGAACAGAAUGAAAAUAAGGGAAACAACGAAAUGGAUUGUGAAGAGUGCAAAGAAAGUAAUAGAGACCAAUCUGAAAUGGACAUCCCAAUCGGUUGUGUCACCCACGAAAAGGAUGACGAAAGCAGCAUCGCACAACGUGUAUGUAAAAAUGAUGACAUAAGAGAAAGUACAACUCCUAAAGGUAUGGACAAUCCGGAGGGGAAUAACCACGCAACAACAAAAAAUUAUGCUCCCGUUAAAGCUGAAUUCAAUGAAGAGAACAUAUAUUCCCCUAGUCAAAUGCUGAAUGAUGACAACGUUAAGAGGAAAAUUGAACAUAUAGAUUCGAACAGAGCAACAAGCAAUGAAACAAUAACAGGCUAUAAUCCUCUCUGCAUAGAAAUAAACAAGCAUGAGUUAUUUAAGCAAUUACACAUCAAAGAAAAACGAUUACAACACAUUAACUUCUUGUAUCGCUCAUUUGACUACGAUAAGGGAACAGUUAACAAGGAAAGAGGAAAUGGACCACAAAAUGGGUCAACAAAUGCUCCAACAAAUGGGCCAGAAAAUGAAGAAACGAACGAAAUUAGCGCGUGCAGCAGUCAGGACACUAAAAAGGACAGAACAAAAAGUUACGCGCAUAGAACGCACUUUGAUCAAAAGGUGAAGCAAAUUUUUAACCCAACACAAGACAAAAACGAAGCAGUUCACCAGAGCAGUAUUAACAUACAGAGCACAAGAAAUUCCACUCACGAGUCAUUAAAUGUAGAAAUAGAUAACCAAAUGGAAGGCAAUAAAUCUAGUGACUCUAGCGUGUUAGGCGAGAAUGAACAGGACGAUUCAACUCUCCAGAACGAACCAAUUCUCCCAACCACAGAAACUGAAAUGGUCAAGGAAAAAGAUAUUGAAAUGGAAGAUAAACAUUUUGCAGUGUCCAAUGAGAAGAACAAGGAGCACCAGAGUGACGACACUGAUGACGACCCUGAUGAAAACGCGGAAGAGAAAAACAUUUUGUACGAAGACAUUAAAAGAAACCUAUGGCUGCAAAAUACGAAUCUUUCUCAAAGUAUAGUACAAUACAUCCAAGUCGAGUCGGUGAAAUGCAUCACCUUGUUUUGCCAUCUAUACAAAAUAAAAUAUUUCCAAGGCAUGCACGAUAUGAUCAUAAGUCUGUUUUAUUUAAACCUUCAACCCUACGAAAUUCUCUGCGUCUUUGAAAAGAUACUAAAUUAUUAUGCCCCCUAUUUGUACCUACAAUAUAGUUGCAUGUAUAGCUCUGCACGAAUUAAUGCAAACACACAGGCGGACACGAUCAGCUUCGCCUUAUCAGACAUAACUAUGCAAAUAUGUAGCACUAAUGGGAAAUUAUUUCGACUUCUGUUUCAAUAUUUUUUCCCUUACGUUUGUUAUUACGUCGAUACGGCAGUUAGCGAUACGUGGCCAUCUUUAUUUUUUCUUAACCUUAGCUUCAGCAAAUUCGACAAUGUGUUCUGCUUGCUAUACAUAUGGAUGCGAUUAAUACAAAUGAAAAAUAAUACGAGGGAAGUUACUUGUGAUUUUAUUCUUUUCAUAUUAUCCUUCUGCAUGCACAAAAUGAGGAUGAUCAAAAGAGAAUUUUACGAAAAAAGAGGUCUAACUAGUAUGUUUACGAAUUACACAUGUGAACUGUCAGGGGAGGCCAAAAAAGGGGGUGAGAAGUGUACACAAGAAAAGACCGAAAAAUACACUCAUAAAAUAAUAGAACAAUUACACGGGGAUCAAAGCAAUCUCCAGAAGGCUGAAAAUAAGGGAGAAGACGAAAGGCAGGCAACAGAGGAGGAAAGCGGCAAACAGGAAGACAACCAAGCUGAUAAUAAAAGUCACCCUCAGAUAUGGACGAAUAAAAAAUAUACUCAUAAAGGGGAAGAAAAAGAAAUUAUUCGGAAAGUAAAAUUAUCCACGUACAGCUCAGAAAUGUUCUCCCUAUUUUUUGAAUUCAGUUCAUCUUUUGAUGACCAUUUUGGGGAUGAAUACAAAAUGCACAUUGAUUGUAUAAUAAAUGACAUCCCCCAAAUUAGGGAUAUUAUUCCUUCGAGUUUUUUACACUAUCUUACGAAAUAUAAUUCGGCAUACCAGAAGAAAAACAACAAGAACAGCAACAGCGUGAAAAACCUCUACGGGUACACGAAAAACCAGGAAUUAUCGAACAGCUUGACACCCCCCCUGGAUGACCAUUUGUGCCUACAUAUAAAACUGUCAGAUUUACUUUUUAUUCAUAACCAUGUAGAGGGAUACGAUUUUACUUUCCUACGAUUAGUAAAGUGCCAAAUAAUUUUGAGCAAGUUGAUAUUAAUUAAUCCUGGUAACUUGGUCAUAGAAAAUUUUGCGCGUUUUAAAAAUGUAGACGAAUUUGUAAAGCAUAAGAAAAAACUACAUAUACCCAGCAAGUGCAGUAAAACAAUGUACAUUGUGCUCCUAUAUUCCCCAGAAAAUAAUGCGAAAUUGGAAGAUUGCAAUAUCAGCUUGAACGAUAGGAAUAUGCAUAAACACAAGACAAAAACUGCAAGCAACGAAAAAAGUGGAUCCCAAAACGCACAUUCCAACAGAGUUUUUUUCAAAAGAAACAACCAAAAAAAAUACAUGUGCAGCGAACAUAAUUGUAAAUUCCCCCUAGAUAAUGAUUACCUGAAAAACCUCAUAACAACAUUGGUAAAAAACAAUUUCAAGCGUUUAACCAUACUGAAAGUACAUCCAAAGGUCGUCAAAAUAAAGAAUAAGAAAAAAAUAACAGAAAAGGAGACACCAGAUCUUAACGCACCCGUAAAAGAAAAUAACUUCUUCUUUCAAAUGUUCAACAUAGUGAAAAAAAAGAUAUACCAAAAUAUUAUGAAAGAUAUUGAACAGAAUGAAAACACCCCCCCACAAAACGAUCAACCUCAAAAUAACACUACAAAAUUCGCCUUAAGGGAAAACUAUUUUAAAAUGUUCAAUGACAGGAGGAUAAGAAAAAGAAUAAACUAUAGCAAAAGAAAACCAGUUUUGCAUUCAAAAAAGGUUAUGCAGAAAAACAAAGAUGAAACCCCCCCAAAAAAAUUAAAUAAUGACGUCCCAAAUGGUUCAUCAGGCAAGAUGCAAAAUAAGGUAGACAAAAACAAUCAGAUGUUCCUCUUCAAAUUUCGUAAACGUAAUGAAUCAAAGAGACUAGUACAUGGUUUUAAGACAAUUGGAAGGAGAACGAAUUUAACUUUCGGAUUAUUUCGUAAGCACUAUGUCGACCCCCUUACCAAUGGAUCAAAUGUGAGGAACAGCUCUGUGCAUAGAAGACGCCCAAAACAGAGACAGAAGAAAAGCAUUUUCCGCUUUUUAAAAACAGGAGAAGUAAAUUUAGAGAAAAACAAACCUCACAGCAAUAAAACAUCCUCGCACAACAGAACAGACGCGGAAGAUAAAAUUGGCACCAAAAUGCAUAUCUCCAAAAUGAAUUACAAGAAAAAGAAAAACUUUAUUUUUAUAAAUAGGGGACAAUUUGAUGAGACUAUUAGUGAAAGAGAAAGGAAAAAUGCUAGUAAAGAAAAAUAA